AUGGCUGUACCUAGAUUGAUCGAUAUCGGCUCGAACCUGGGCGACCCAGUCUUUCGUGGCUCGUACCACGGAAAGCAGUCGCAUCCCGACGACUUUGCCGACAUUCUCGGCCGGGCACGACGAGCGGGAGUCGGAAUCCAGAUGUUGACGGGAGACUGUCUUGAGGGUUCGAAGGAGGUUCUCGCGCUGGCGCAACAGCAUCGCGGCCUCUACGCGACCAUCGGCUGUCACCCAUGUCGAGCAACCGAGAUGGACAAGUUUCCCGGCGGACCCGAAGCGUACAUCGCCGAACUCGACAAGCUUAUCGUCGAGAAUAAGGGGAAGCGGGCGGUGGCGGUCGGAGAGUGUGGGUUGGACUAUGAUCGGUUGUUCCUCGCGCCGAAGGAGGCGCAGCUAAGAAACUUCCCACCGCAACUUGGGCUGGCUUCCAGACACGACCUCCCUCUCUUCCUGCACUCGCGCAACUGCCAUACCGACUUCGUCUCCACCCUCAAGGCGCACGGCAAACCCCUGCGCGGCGUCGUCCACUCGCACACCGGCACAGCCGAAGAAGCUCUCGAGCUGAUCGAGAUGGGCUUCUUCAUCGGCAUCAACGGCUGCUCGCUCAAGACGGAAGAGAAUCUAGAGGUCGUCAAGCGCAUCCCGCUGGACAGUCUGAUGGUCGAAUCAGACUGUCCGUGGUGUGCGAUUAGGCCGUCGUCAGCGGCGUACAAGCACUUGUCGGGCUUGGUCGACAAGCCCGACGUCGCGCAUCUCAAGGAACGUUACAUGCCUGCCGACGUCAAGAAGGAGAAAUGGACCCAAGGCAAAGCCGUCAAAGGCCGCAACGAGCCCUGCUGCACCGGCCAAGUCGCCUGGGUCAUCUCAAAGCUCAAGGGUGUCUCGCUCGAGGAGGUUGCGGAGACAACGAGGAGAAAUACGUUGGCGCUGUUUGGGCCUGCGGGGAUGAGCGAGGCGGACGGAGUUUGGGGAGACGAGGAGGAGAAGGGGGACGGGCCGGCGGCGGAGUAG